ACCAAAAAAACCCUUUGAAGAAAAGACCCGCUGUCUUAUUUCCAUAGAAAAGUAUUUUACUCCACCUCAAAACUAUCUGCUUCAGCAAAUAUACUUGCAACAGAAAACCGAAGAAUAACUUUUGAAUUGAAAUGGCAGGCAUGGAGAGGCUUCACCGGAUGUUCGCCGGCGCCGGCGGAGCCCUCGGACACCCGCCGCCGGACUCCCCAACGCUCGACUCCUCCGAACAAGUCUACAUUUCGUCGCUCGCCCUUCUCAAGAUGCUCAAACACGGUAGAGCGGGGGUGCCGAUGGAGGUGAUGGGGCUGAUGCUGGGGGAGUUUGUGGACGAGUACACGGUGCGUGUAGUGGACGUCUUUGCGAUGCCGCAGAGUGGAACCGGUGUCAGUGUCGAGGCCGUCGAUCACGUUUUUCAGACUAAUAUGCUUGACAUGCUGAAGCAGACCGGCAGACCUGAGAUGGUGGUUGGUUGGUACCACUCACAUCCUGGCUUUGGAUGUUGGCUUUCUGGUGUUGACAUCAACACUCAGCAGAGUUUUGAAGCUUUGAAUCAGAGGGCAGUAGCUGUGGUGGUAGAUCCGAUUCAGAGUGUUAAAGGGAAGGUAGUAAUUGAUGCCUUCCGUCUCAUUAAUCCUCAAACUAUGAUGCUUGGUCAAGAACCGCGACAAACCACUUCCAAUGUGGGGCAUCUUAAUAAACCAUCUAUCCAGGCUUUGAUUCAUGGGCUGAACAGGCAUUAUUACUCCAUAGCCAUAAAUUACCGGAAGAACGAGCUUGAGGAGAAGAUGCUCCUCAAUCUUCACAAAAAGAAAUGGACAGAUGGAUUGACCCUCCAGCGGUUUGACACCCACUCCAAAACAAAUGAGCAGACAGUCCAGGAGAUGCUAAACCUAGCUAUCAAGUACAAUAAAGCGGUCCAGGAGGAGGACGAGCUGCCACCUGAGAAACUAGCAAUUGCUAAUGUGGGAAAGCAAGACGCGAAGAAGCAUCUCGAGGAGCACGUCUCAAACUUGAUGUCUUCAAACAUUGUUCAAACUUUGGGAACGAUGCUGGAUACGGUUGUUUUCUAGAUUUUGGACUACAAAAAGUGUACGCAUCUUCUUCUUUACUCCUCAACCAGAUGCUGAUAUCGACUCUGAUUUUAAGCAAGAGAACACUUACAUACUACAUGAUAUUGUACUUGACAAAACACGUGAUUGCAUAUUGUUGGGUAACUUUGUAUCGAACCUUAUGUCACUAUAAUCUUAUCAUAUGAGUCGUUUAUUUUACAUGAUUAA